CUGAUUCUUUUGUCCUUUUUGAAGCCUGAAAGCUCUUCACUGAUGAGCUUUGCUAGGAUUUGGAGAAGGACACAGUGAUUUACAGUGUGCAUGUAGGAGAGUCUUUGUGCAAAUGCAAGAGAGCUCUGAUACAGAUCGAAUUAAAGCACACUGCUGCAUGGCAAAUCAUAUUACCCUGGUUAGCUGACCCACACAGACAUUUCCCUGUCCAACCCUUGUUAGGUUUUCCUGUGGUACUUUACUGGAAAAGAGUCAAAAUGUGUACUUACUAACUGCAGCCGUGAUGACACUCUACAAAACACAAUUGUGAUAGCCUAGACUACUGCUUCAAAUAUAAAGAAGCGGGCAUGUUUCAAUCCAGUUUAGUAUUAUGCUUAGUGAAACUUUUUAAUAAAACUUGAGUAGAAAGCGGAAACGGAUCUCCUCUGCCUGACUAUGAAUAAGUCUCUGACCUUUAUAGAGUAACAUCCAUCAUCUGAGCGUCUCCUCCAGUCUCUCCUCCUCCUCUCGCCACUUCUCUCGUACUCGCACGGGCAUUACCGCAAGCUUCGUAAAUCGAAACAUGUAGACCGGCAUAUUUUAGGUCUUGAGAACAGGUUCGUAGUCCUCUUGUGUGGAAGUAACCGGAGGAGAGAUGGUAUGACCGAGCGCUCGUCUCCAGACGUUCACUGAAGAGUUUGAUGGAGAUCCGGUCGGAUGACAGCGGGUACUGUGGUUAUAACCGGAGGAAUUCUCGCCACGGUGAUUCUCCUGUGCAUCAUCGCCGUGCUCUGUUACUGUCGACUUCAGUAUUAUUGCUGUAAGAAGAAUGGAUCGGAUCCAGAUGCUGUUUGCCCACAGCCCCAGUUUGCCUGCAACGCAUGCAGCACAUCCAGGAUGGACGGGGCCACCUCCACCCCGCUCUCCCUGUCACCGGAGCUCACGCCCCCGCAGAGCUUCUGCCCCAUCUGCUCCCCAUACAGCUCUCCAUUCUACAUCAGCACCACGGGCCAAAUGCGGAACGGGGCUGAACGCGUCGCUUACAUGGCGUCCCACUAUGACAGCCCGUCCCUGUCUCUCACCCUUCCCUCUCUGCACAGCCGGCCGGACCUCUACUCCAACACACAUGCCAUAAGCACUGAUGUCUGA